GGCUUGCACUUUCAUCAACAAUUCCCUAAACGCCAAUAACACUCUCUCUCUCUCUCUCUCUCUCUCUCUCUCUGUCUCUACUCCGAUUAACCUCCAUGGAAGGCAGCGGCGGGAAGCAGAGCUCGGACAGGUACCUGCCACCGGGGUUCCGGUUCCACCCGACGGACGAAGAGCUGAUCGGGCAUUACCUUUUGAAGAAGGUGCUGAACUCCAAUUUCUCUACGCCCGCCAUUGCCCAUGUGGACCUUAACAAGUCCGAGCCAUGGGACCUCCCUGAGAAAGCAUCGAUGGGAGAGAAGGAGUGGUAUUUCUUCAGCUUAAGAGACCGGAAAUACCCAACCGGGUUGAGAACGAACCGGGCGACGGAAGCCGGGUACUGGAAGGCUACCGGAAAAGACCGGGAAAUAAUGAGCUCAAAAACCAACUCCUUAAUAGGGAUGAAGAAAACCCUUGUUUUUUACCAAGGCAGAGCUCCAAAAGGCCAAAAAUCCAACUGGGUUAUGCAUGAAUUUCGUCUCGCCGGAAAAUUCUCUUACCAUUUUCUCUCCGCCGCUACCUCCAAGGAUGAAUGGGUGAUAUCCAGAGUUUUCAAGAAAACAGGCUCCGGCAACGGCACCGCCAUGCACGGCGGCACAAUGAAAAAGACUCGCCCAAAUCCCGAACCCAGUUCUCCUUCCUCGGUGUCUCUGCCUCCUCUUCUCGACUCAUCCCCCUACCCCUCCGCCGCUGCCGACGCCGCCGACGGCGACAGCACAAGGGAGCACGAGCUGCACGUGACCUGUUUCUCCACCAACAACCUUAACUACUCCGGCUUGGCCUUUCCGAGCCCCCAGGAGAAUCUGCAGGCUCCGUUCUUCUCCCCCGUGGGUCCGUCGCUGGUUCAUCUCGUCGCCGGCACCGCCGACUUGGAUGGUCGUGGCGGUGGUCCGACACGGGACAGUUCUGCCGACAUGACUUCUUAUAUGUGGACAUAUUGAAAAUUCUCUCAGUAGAAUCUGAUAUUAAAUGACCUUUUAAAAUUUCCUUUUAUCAAAUAAGUUGUGGACAAAUGAAAAAAAGGACCUUUUCUUUAACUAAUUUAAAAAAAUAUUUGUAUAUUAUUGUAUAAUUCAUUCAAAAAGGGGAAAAAUACUUAG